AUGAUGUUUAAAUCUUCACUUGCAGUCUUAUCUCUUUCAGCCGCAUUACAAUUGGUUUUAGCCAGUUCAGUUACAAUUACCACUCCCGAACCUAAUGCUGUAUGGGAAGCUGGAUCUACCGUAGAGAUCAAGUGGAAAGUCAACAAUGAUACAACUGGCCCUAUUCGUCUUCAAUAUGCAUCAGGCCCUUCCAAGUCAUUGAAGAUCAAUGGUUUGAUUGCUGAUCAUGUCAAUGCCAGUCUCGGCAAGUACUCUUGGAAGAUUCCUUCCUCCAUCAAGGAAAAGAAAUAUGUCAUUGAAGCUGGUCCUAGUGCUAAAGAUCUUUCAUUUGCUGGUUACAUUUCUAUCAAGAACGAUAAAAAGACCACCACCAAAAAGCACACUACCAAAAAGCAUACCACCAAGAAGCACACCACCCAGAAGCACAGCUCUACCAAAAAGACCAAGAAGCACACCACUACCAAGAAGACGAGUAAGAAGACUACUGCUAAAGCCAAGAAGACUCACACCAAAAAGACCACCACCACCACCAAGAAGGGCGGUAAGCCCUCUGCCGUUUGUGUUGGCUACCCCGCUCGUGGUGAAGGUGUCAACCAAAUUGAAGAAUAUGUUCGUUGUCACUCUCUUCCCAAGGGAAAUGCUGCCAAGGCACAAAACAACAAGAAGAAGACAACCUCCAAGAAGAAGCAUACCACCAAGAAGCACACUACCACGAAAAAGUAG